CUUUCCCCCCCUUCCAGUCCAGACACUUUCCCCCCCUUCCAGUCCGGACACUUUCCCCCCCUUCCAGUCCGGACACUUUCACCCCCUUCCUGUCCGGACACUUUCCCCCCCUUCCAGUCCGGACACUUUCACCCCCUUCCUGUCCAGACACUUUCACCCCCUUCCUGUCCGGACACUUUCACCCCCUUCCACAGUCCGGACACUUUCACCCCCUUCCAGUCCGGACACUUUCACCCCCUUCCAGUCCGGACACUUUCACCCCCUAGCAGUCUGGACACUUUCACCCCCUUCCAGUCCGGACACUUUCCCCCACUUCCAGUCCGGACACUUUCCCCCCCUUCCAGUCCGGACACUUUCACCCCCUUCCAGUCCGGA